AAAAUUAUAUAAGGUUCACAAAUUAAUUAAACAGUCAAAGACUACUAAUAAUAUUGUAGAGUUAGAAGAUUUGGCAAAACAAAGAGAUCAUAGAUACAAGAAAAUUGGAAUGGAGGUUGUGACAUUCGGCCAGCUAAAAAGGCGAAUGUUCCUUCAAAAUUCACAAGCACAAGCAUUGUUCAAUUAAUGAUUCACAUUGUUUGAAGAUCGCAAAUUCGGUAAGCUUUUUUUUUUUUUUCCCGCAACUUCUAGAAAUUAAUAAGCAUGAAUCCGCCCACGAUAGACUUCAAGGUGGAUCUCAAUUCAGAGAGGGUUGAAGAAGAGAAAAUGGAAGGGGGUUCUAUGCUUUAUUGUGAUCUUUGUGAUACAGAAGUAGUUUACAAGUUGGCGCAAAUGUUGCUUCCAGGGCUAGCAACUUCCUGUGUUGAUAGCACAGCUGGGAGCUUCAAGACUCCUGGUUCAGUGGCUGUUGAUUUGAGAAAGGAAAUGAUAAUCUAUAUUACGCAGAGAAGCGAAACGUUUGUCGCUGAGUCUAUUGUCUUGGAUGGUGGUCCUAAUGGUGAAGAAUCGGAUCAUCCUUUUGAUAUCAUUUCUAACUUCGUUGAUGACUUUGCUAUUUCAAAGAGGAAUUUAUUUACCCGGGUUUCUGGAUUGCUACUCACUGAUAUGAGAGAAGACAAGAUUGAUGACUUCAUGCAGGAGAUGGAACUGACUGGUUUUUGGCCACUGGAAAGAAGAGAAACGAUUGCAGAGGCGAUUCUAAAGAAUGUUGACAUCAAGAAUGAAUUUCAUUGCGCCAUGAAGUUCAGAUCUGUAGAUGAUCUCGCUGUUCAUGCUUACCAUUGUAACUUCAGACCUCUAUUCUGUGAAAACGAGGGAUGCAAUGCAAGGUUAAUUGCAAAACAUUUGGAAAAGCAUGACUCAAUUUGUCCUUUCAAGAUAAUUCCAUGUGAGCAGAAGUGUUCAGAUAGCAUUAUGAGGCGUGCAAUGGACAGACACUGUAUCACUGUUUGUCCGAUGAAGCUUGUAGAUUGUCCAUUUCAUUCGUUAGGUUGUCGAUCUGCUAUAGCACAAUGUGUGAUCGAAAAGCACUGCGCAGAUGAUGUUCGUUCUCACUUGUGGCACUUGCUUAAAGGCAUGUACAAGCAAGCAUCUGGGGAAGAUCUUCAAAGACGGGUACAGCAAAUUAUACAGGCAUCACCAGGCAGCAGGUUAGCAGAGGCCCGGGAUGUGAGAUCUCUAAACUUUGUUGUCAAGGAUAUUGAAGCUAAGCUAGGGCCGUUUGAGUUGGGUUCUGUGAAGAAAAAUAGCACAGAGACUCUCGCCAAAAACAACGGUGGGAAAAAUGUUGCCACCAAUGCAAUCUAUUAG